CAUAAUUCAGGUUCUGGAAACGCCUAGGUCUACCCACACCACUCUUCGGAAAGGAGUAUCCAGAAGCGUGCGCUCGGCGGCUUUUAAACCUGCUCGUGCGAUUAACACACCGACGCGAGGCGAAGAGAUCGGAAGCGAGGUAGAUUCGAUGGAGAACGGCGAUCCGAUAAUCGACCUUCGUUCCGCGGCGGAGGCUGUCGUCGCGGAAGAGGAGGAUCUGGCGUCGGCGUCCGUGGCGCCGCUCCACCAGAUCGAGUCCCUCUGCAUGCGUUGCUUCAAGAAUGGCACGACGAGGCUUCUGCUGACUAGGAUACCGCACUUCAGAGAGAUUGUGUUGAUGGCAUUCGAGUGUCCACAUUGCAACGAGAGGAAUAAUGAGGUCCAGUUUGCCGGUGAACUCCAGCCUCGAGGAUGCUGCUAUAGCUUGGAAAUUCCUGCAGGGAACAGUGAGAUGCUUAAUCGGCAAGUGGUGAAAUCUGAUUCUGCUAUUAUUAAGGUUCCGGAACUGGAUUUUGAGAUUCCUGCUGAAUCUCAACGUGGAAGACUCUCCACAGUUGAAGGGAUACUUGUUAGAGCUGCAGAUGAAUUAGAUUCCCUUCAAGAGGAACGGAAGAAAGUGGAUCCUGUGACUGCUGAAGCUAUUGAUCAAUUUUUGAUAAAACUGAGGUCACUUGUGGCGGGAAAUGUGGCUUUUACUUUUAUACUUGAUGAUCCUUCUGGAAAUAGUUUUAUUGAGAACCCAUUGGCUCCAUCAUCAGAUCCCUUUCUGUCUGUUAGAUAUUAUGAAAGGACCAGCGAGCAACAGGCAUCACUGGGCUUUCUUGUUGAACCAUCUCUACAGGAAGAGACUGAAAGGCAGGUUGAUAGUGAAAAUCAUUCCAACAUAAGCCAAAAAGAGCCACAUGGUUCGGUUGGGGCUAUUUCUGGUCAGCGUGCAAUUGCCCAGGGUAAAACUGAGGAAGUUGCAGCAGCCUUGUGCAGAUAUUCUGCACCGGAAGAGGUUGAUACUUUACCUUCAACAUGUGGGGCAUGUGGGGCUAGCUGUGUCACUCGCUUUUACUCUACCAAAAUUCCAUAUUUCCGAGAAGUUGUUGUGAUGGCAAGUACAUGUGAUUUGUGUGGCUAUCGAAGUUCUGAGUUGAAGGCAGGAGGUGAGAUACCUGAAAGAGGGAAGAGAAUCACAUUGAGUGUGCAGAAUUUCGAGGAUCUUAGCCGAGAUGUGAUCAAGUCUGACAUGGCCAGCGUAAAAGUUCCUGAGCUUGAGUUGGAGCUUUCAAGUGGCACUUUAGGGGGAAUGGUUACAACAGUUGAGGGUCUCAUUACUCAAAUUAGUGAAAAUCUUGAGAGAGUACAUGGAUUUUCUUUGGGCGAUAGUACUGAUGACUGGAAAAGAAAUAAAUGGCAGGAUUUCAAGUCCAGGCUCAGCAUGCUUUUGAGUUUAGAAAAACCUUGGACGCUUAUAGUUGAUGAUGCACUGUCCAGUUCAUUUGUUUCUUUUGUCACCGAUUCCUUGGAGGAUGACAAGCAGCUUUCUGUGGAGGAGUAUGAAAGGACUUGGGAGCAGAACGAGGAGUUGGGUUUGAAUGACAUGGACACAUCACAAGCGGAUACAGCUUACAGAACAGAAGCAGCAGAACGUUGAUGUUCUUACCUUAGGAAAACCUUUCAUUGUCAUUAAAGUCAGGAAAUUUAACUGUCUGUUAGUGUCAGCCGCAUGCUCAUACAAAUAUAAUAACUUUAAAUAUGUUUCUACCUAAAUAAAAUUAUAUUAUUUUUAGUUUUAAUAUAGUUAAUUUAAAAGUA